CGCUAUAAAUUUGUAGCUGCCUUCGUAGUGAAUGAUUCCAGCGCCUGUCAGCCAAGGGCCCCAGGCAGUGGGCGACUGAGCGCCUGGGCGGACGCAAGACUAGCAGCUCUGCCGGCCCGAGGCGGCGAUCCAUGGGGAGGAACCCGAGCGGACCCCGAGAGUGAGGGCGCACCCCGCACCAGCGCCACCAGCUCGGCCGGACGUGGGCGCAGCGUCCCGAGUGGCGAUUUAAUACAUGAUAAAUUGGUCUAAAAUGGCUGAGGUUUUAUCUGAGUAAGUCACUGAAGCCAUCCCAGAAGGUCUGCAUCCAGAAAUGUUCUUCGGCUACAAAAACAACUACUCAUUGCCCUUAUGGAUCAGUAAAGCAGUUGGGCAGAAGAGACAAGUAGCAGAGACUCAAACUAAGUAACUGAAACUCUUUGGUUGACAACUGGGAGAGAUUAUCAUUUGUAACUAGGUGCAUUUGGCAUACUGUCUGAGACCAGCUAACCCAGGAGAUCAAAAUGAUCCUCAACUCUUCCACCGAAUAUGGUAUUAAAAGAAUCCAAGAGGACUGUCCCAAAGCUGGAAGGCACAAUUACAUAUUUGUCAUGAUCCCCACUUUAUAUAGUAUUAUCUUUGUGGUGGGAAUAUUUGGAAACAGCUUGGUGGUGAUUGUCAUUUACUUUUACAUGAAACUGAAGACUGUGGCCAGUGUUUUUCUUUUGAAUUUAGCACUGGCUGACUUAUGCUUUUUACUGACUUUGCCACUAUGGGCUGUCUACACUGCUAUGGAAUACCACUGGCCCUUUGGCAAUUACCUAUGUAAGAUCGCUUCAGCCAGCGUCAGCUUCAACCUCUAUGCCAGUGUGUUUCUACUCACAUGUCUAAGCAUUGAUCGCUACCUGGCUAUCGUGCACCCAAUGAAGUCCCGCCUUCGGCGCACAAUGCUUGUGGCCAAAGUCACCUGCAUCAUUAUUUGGCUGCUGGCUGGCUUGGCCAGUUUGCCAACUAUAAUCCACCGCAAUGUAUUUUUCAUCGAGAAUAUCAAUAUCACGGUUUGUGCUUUCCAUUACGAAUCCCAAAAUUCAACCCUCCCCGUAGGACUGGGCCUAACCAAGAAUAUACUGGGUUUCUUGUUUCCUUUUCUGAUCAUUCUUACAAGUUAUACUCUUAUUUGGAAGACCCUAAAGAAGGCUUAUGAAAUUCAGAAGAACAAACCAAGAAAAGAUGAUAUUUUCAAGAUAAUUAUGGCAAUUGUGCUUUUCUUUUUCUUUUCCUGGGUUCCCCACCAAAUAUUCACUUUUCUGGAUGUAUUGAUUCAGUUGGGCAUCAUACAUGACUGUAAAAUUUCAGAUAUUGUCGACACCGCCAUGCCCAUCACUAUUUGCUUAGCUUAUUUUAACAAUUGCCUGAAUCCUCUCUUUUAUGGCUUUCUGGGGAAAAAAUUUAAAAAACAUUUUCUCCAGCUUCUGAAAUACAUUCCCCCAAAGGCCAAAUCCCACUCAACCCUGUCCACAAAAAUGAGCACACUUUCCUACCGCCCCUCAGAAAAUGGAAGCUCAUCUACCAAGAAGCCUGUCCCGUGUAUUGAGGUUGAGUGACACACUUGAAACCUGUCUGUGAAGUCAUCUUGUUGAAGAUGGAGCAAGAGAAACAUUCCUCUACAACACUUCACUACCAAAUGAGCAUGAGCUACUUCUCAGAAUUAAGAAAGUCGAUUAUGUGUACUGAACUGACUUUUCUAAACAAAAGCUGAACAAAAGCUUCCCUCUCCCUUUGCAACUAAACAAAGCAAAGCCACAUUUUGCAUCAGAUAGACGACGUCCACUCAAAGAAUGAUGUCGGAAACUGGAUGAGUGUGUUGAUUUGGAAAAUUUUACUGGUAGAAAUGCCAUCUCCCCAGUCUGCUCUUGUUCCGUUAUUUUUGAUUUCCACAUAAAGGUACUUAGAAUAUGUUAAAACUUGAGAGGAGCAACAGGAGAUCAGAGCUCAAGAUUGCUCUGCCCAACUUCCAAAGGGCAGCAAAGCUUUUGUGCCUAUUUACCUAUUAGCAACUGGGGCCCACUUGUACCUGCUACUGCACACUUUAUACAAAGACUUGCUAAGCAGUAGUUGUCAGGUUGCAGAAGUUUAUGUGAAAUUCAACCAGUGUCUUAUAGAUUCACACUGCCAAAACAUGCCUGCUAAAUGGCUUAUUUGUAUAAUGAUGUUACUAAAGUCAUGUAUAAAAAUUAAACUACUUGUAAAGGUGUUAUUCUGGUCCCAGGUAGUAGUGUCUUCCUAGUCAUAUUAGUUUUAUUUCGUAUCUGAGAAGCAUAUGUAUUUUGUGGUAAAAAGAUUAUAUAUCAUAAAAUAUGCCUUACUAUUUUAAAAAGUAUAUAUUCUACCUAUAUAUGUGUAUCUCUAAACUGUUGUUAUUUUAUUAAAAUCUGGCAAAGUUAUAUUCACAUUAAAAUAA